AUGGAUGUAAGAUGGGGAAACGGGGCGGAGACACGGCACGCGCCGUUCACCGCGGCAGGUCAGGCAGCGCGCGCGCCGUUCACCGUGGCAGGUCAGACAGCGCGUGCGCCGUUCACCGCGGCAGGUCAGACAGCGCGCGCGCCGUUCACCGCGGCAGUAUUCAGGUGGGGUGAGAAAUGGAUCUGUGAGAGAGAGAGAGAGAGAGAGAGAGAGAGAGAGAGAGAGAGAGAGAGAGAGAGAGAGAGAGAGAGAGACGAGCAGGCAGGGAGGAGGUGUGUGAAAAUUGAUAGUGGGGUUUGA